AUGGUUGUGGCGUUCACCGAACCGUCCUUGGCGUUCACAGCAGUCAGGCCCUGUUCGAUUCCUGCCUCAUGCGAGGUUACUACAGGGCUUCGCUUUUUUAGUAGGGUCGCAGGUAACGUUAGGCGGGGUAUGCUUAUGGGGGAAUGCAUGAUGAUCGUAGGCGGCGAAUUGUCAGCGUUAGCGGUGCACCGCCUGGAGGGUGGUGCAGCGUCCACGGAUGGCGGCAUGCAUGAUUGGAUUGUCGUUGCGCAUAGCGUAUCCAGCUGCCUGCGGAUGCCGCCUGGUGCCAGGCGACGCGAGUGCGCUGGGGCAGAAUUCAUCGCUCGUGCGGGGACGCGGAAGCACGCCGGCCAGGCGGCCGCUCCAGCGCCGUGCGCUCGGGGGCAGCGCGGAGGUGCGCAGCCGGCCACAGACGGAGCGCCGCCAUUUUUUGCUGUCCUCGCCGCGGGGGGGAGGCCGGGAGAAGGAAGGGUCGUCGACCCAGACGCCCGACGGGCUGUUUUUUUCGUCGCUCCGUGGCCUCACAGAGGGCCCGACAGCUUCCCCGGGGGGUACUGUGUCGCCCCCGGUCUGCUCGUGGUGGCCCCGGGGCUCGCGGUGGCCCCUAAUAGCACAACGCCCGAACCGUCGGCGAUCGGGGGGGCGAGGCUGCGCCCCUGGGAGCAGGGGGGACCAGGCGGUGCCCCGCGGGAGGCCCCGCGGGGGGCGUGCAGCGUGGGCGAGGCCCCCCCCCGCGCGCGGCGUGUGGGCGGCGCCGCUCCGUGCCCGCGCACCCUCGAGGAGGCCCCUCCGCGCGGGGAGCGGCCCGGGGCGGGCCUUCCGCCCGAGAGCGGGCCUCCGCUCGGCCGAGUGGCAGACCCGGGCCCCCUCGCGCUGAGACAAGACGGCGACGGGAGGUCUUUCGCUGUGUUCGGCCCUCGGGGGCCCUCACCGGGCCUCCGGAGCGUCAGAGAACGGCUCGGGGUGAGAAGCCAGUCCCGGGGAAGGGGUCCAGACCUCUCGGGGUCGGCGCUGCAAAGACAGCACGGCGUCGGGGGUCUGGGGAGUGACCCUUACCAUGCCGACCCACGUCCGCGUGGCCGUCGCUUCCACAGCUCGUGCCGGUCUGGCAGCUCUGCUCGGUGUUCGAGCCGCCCCGCCUCGGCCACGGGGGGCAGGCUAGGUUUAUAUAUACUCGUGCCCGGCACUCUGUCGCUGUUUUGCCUGCCCACGGCGUGCCCCGCUUCUGCCGCUCACGCCGUGUGCCUCUGUGGCUUCUCCGUCAUAGUCUUUGCCAGUUCGAAGCACCACUCUUCGUCAUUUUGA